AUGGAGAAUCAAAAUCACCUCUCUGAGGCACAACGACUCGCCUUAGAUAAACUAUCUGCGUUCGUCGGGCCUGAUCAAAUCGAGGCCCUUUUGGCCCAAGGCCACGAGGUUCUAAAUGCUCGUCUUGAGGCCUUUAUGCGUUAUGAGGCAACGCUCCUCGGGCAGGUCCAUGACCAGGCAGCGUCAGCCGCGCCUAUACAGUACAUUCCGGUACCUGUGACCGAUGCAGAGCCAAAGGCUCGUCCACUUGUUUUAAGUGUCAAGACCUUCGAGGAGAAGGAGGGAGAGAACCUUCUCCUCUGGAUCCGAGAAGUUGAAAUGGCAAUGGAUGCCGCCAUGCUUGCAUCCGAUAAGCAACGAGUUGGCUUGGCCAUUUCUAAGCUCGGUGGAAGAGCUAGAGAAUGGGCUCUAACGAGCGGUGUCUCUGUAAAUGCUGCAUUUCCCACAUGGGAGAUGCUUAAAAAGCAAUUAACUUGUGUGUUUGCACCGCCUAAUCAGGCUUAUCGUGUGCGCUCACGCUUCCUAGCUACCCGACAGGGUAAGAAAGAAUUGUCGGACUAUGUCCAAGAGUUGAGAACUCUCAUUGCUGCUAUGCAGCAGGACCCACUGGCAGAGGAAAUCCGAGUAACCAUUUUUAUGGAAGGACUUCGCACUGGGGUCGCCAGGACGGAAGUUUUCCGUGUCCAGCCUUCAACUUUUGAGGAGGCAGUAAGCGUAGCGUUUAACGCUGAAUUUAAUUUUAAAUCUGCUCGAUAUGGUCUGCCCUGGUAUCAAUCAAAUACCUCUAAUAGGGCGGAACCCAUGGAUCUCAGCCAUGCUGAAGAAGCUGAGCUUCAAGCUGCUGAGCAGCAAGGGGCGUCAGGGAAUUAUGUCCGACGUCGCUCCCUUGAGGGGAGUCAGCUGUAUGCUGAGGCGCUGGAAGCGCAAGAGGGUGACAGUAUAACCAUUUGGAAUCGAGAUAUGAUCUCAUUCUCGGUGGAACGCCAUGAGCCGUGGAUCGAUUGGAGAUCCAAAACUUUAGGCGCAACGCGCAAUGUUCCUAGCGAAGCUUUGGAGAGUCAUGAACCCACCUUCGCUAGAAAACAAAAGUGCUAUUGGCGCGAGCCAUUAACUGAUUCAGUUAAUGUGCUGGACAUUGGAGUGUCUGAGUUGAUAAACUCCGAUGUCAACAAUAAUAGUGUCGAGCAGAGCUCAAUGACACUUAGUGGAACGGCACGUACUCCGUUAAGUGAUACUCAUAGUAAUAUUGGCUGUAAAUGCGAUUUACUGGAUGUCGGUAAUGACAUCGGCUCUCGUAUAGAGCGAGUGAAGGUCAAUAACCUUGUUAGUGAAGUCACUGGUACUAGUGACCCACUGGAUGUCGGUAAUGACAUCGGCUCUCGUAUAGAGCAAGUUAAGGUCAAUGACCUUGUUAGUGAUAUUGGCUGUAAAUGCGAUUCACUGGAUGUCGAUAAUGACAUCGGCUCUCGUAUAGAGCAAGUUAAGGUCGAUGACCUUGUUAGUGAUAUUGGCUGGAAAUGCGAUUCACUGGAUGUCGGUAAUGACAUCGGCUCUCGUAUAGAGCGAGUGAAGGUCGAUGACCUUGUUAGUGAAGUCACUGGUACUAGUGACCCACUGGAUGUCGGUAAUGACAUCGGCUCUCGUAUUGAGCAAGUUAAGGUCGAUGACCUUGUUAGUGAUAUUGGCUGGAAAUGCGAUUCACUGGAUGUCGGUAAUGACAUCGGCUCUCGUAUAGAGCAAGUGAAGGUCGAUGACCUUGUUAGUGAAGUCACUGGUACUAGUGACCCACUGGGUGUCGGUAAUGACAUCGGCCCUCGCAUAGGGCAGAGUACGGUCUCGUCAAGGAGACGGCAGCGUCGCCAGAUGGCGGCUGCGAGACGCAAAGCGUCUGUUUUAUCGCAUAGUAAUGUCAAUGACCAGUUGUACACCCUGGUCAACGGAGUGACAGGUGAUGUAGAUGGUGAGGUUGACCUUGAGGCCCUCCCAUCAUUAAAUGCUCUUUUAGAGCUAGGCGAAAUGUCUGUGGAUGAAUUUCAUCAGGCCUUGAAGGCAGGUGCUCUGUCCGAUAUGGUGGUCAUUCGACCUAACCUCGAGCUGAACUCAUCCUCGCUUGUCGAUGAGACAGUCCUUGAAGAUACAAAAGCGGCACUGAGUGCACGUAGUGGGGCAUCUAUUCUGAAGGACCCUUCAGAUCCCUACUAUCCUUUGGUAAAGGAAUUCCAGGAUGUGGUGUGUCACGAUCCACCGUCGGUUCUACCACCUGAUAGGGGUGUACGCCAUGAAAUUGACUUGGUUCCCGGAACCAAAUACUGUGUAACCCGGCAGUGGCCUUCACCCAAAGAACAGUGUGACGUCAUUGACGAGUUCUUUCGUGCAAAGCACGCGGCGGGCAUGGUGCGUGAGAGUAAAUCUCCGCACUCGACACCCACUUUCUGUGUUAAGAAACCAAAUGGUAAAUGGCGUAUUGUUCAUGCUUAUAAUAAGCUCAAUGCGGCCACUAUACCUGCACAGACACCGAUACCUAGAAAGGAUGCUCUUCAGAACAAUAUGGUCGGUUGUACCAUGUACAGUGCGCUCGACUUAGUCGAUGGUUAUUACCAAUUGCUCAUGCGAGCUAGUGAUAUUCCGCUUACUGCUGUUAGUACUCCGAGCGGUAUGCUCUGGGAGUGGUUAGUGAUGCCCCAAGGGCUAUCUAAUGCUCCGGCUACGUUUAACCGUUUGGUGACGCAAUUGUUUCGACCCCAUCGAAGUUAUGCACAGACGUAUUUUGAUGACAUUUUUGUCCAUAGCCGAGCUGAACAUGGGCGGUCAGAUAUUGAGAAUCAUAUUGUUCAUUUACGAGCAGUGCUCGAGUGCAUGCGCACUAAUAAAUUAUAUGCGAAUGCCUCUAAGUGCAUCUUCGGGGCCGAAGAAAUUCCCUUUCUAGGGUGCUUCAUUGGGAAGCGAGGACUACGAGCGGAUCCCGCCAAAGUCAAAGCCAUAGUCGAUUGGCCUGUUCCACAAUCUCAGAAGGACUUGCGUAAAUGGCUUGGCCUUGCCAUUUACUUACACAAGUAUAGCGAGAAUUACGCUGAUAUGGCUCGACCGAGAUUAUCCAAUCUCCUUAAAAAGGAUGUGGAAUGGUGUUGGCAUGCCGAACACGAAGAUGCUUUUCAAGCGGUAAAGGCGAGCCUUCUACAUGCUCCUAUUUUGGCUUUGCCAGACCCUGACCGACCGUUUAGCGUCGUCUGUGACGCAUCGGAUUUUGCCAUUGGCAGUGCUCUGUUACAAUCAGAUGAUGAAGGCCGUGAGCGUGUAAUCGCUUUUGAAUCUCGCCAGCUGAAAGCUGCAGAAAAGAACUAUCCAGUUCACGACAGAGCUACUUGCGAUGAAGUAUGCCCUGGUCAAAUUCAGAGUUCAUCUGCUGGGCUCAAAGCCUUUUGUGAUCUAUACCGAUCAUGCGUCGUUACGCACUGCGACUCAGUCGCCGCAUCUCUCGCAGAGAAUGGCCAGAUGGCUGUCAUUCUUUGCCGAAUAUAA